CGGUGGGCGGGGUCUGUGGGGAGGUGGUGGGGUGGGGGGAGCGCGCUCGAGCCGGACCCGGAGGAGCAGCUGGAGCUCGAGCCCGGGCCGCCCGCCCGCCGCCCGCCGCCCGCCGCCAUGGCCGAGACCAAGAUCAUCUACCACAUGGACGAGGAGGAGACGCCGUACCUGGUGAAGCUGCAGCUGCCCGCCGACCGCGUCACGCUCGCCGAUUUCAAGCUGGUGCUCAACAAGCCCAACUACAAAUUCUUCUUCAAAUCCAUGGACCAGGACUUCGGUGUUGUAAAGGAAGAGAUCUCCGAUGACAAUGCAAAGUUGCCCUGUUUCAAUGGCAGGGUGGUGUCCUGGUUGGUGUCUGCUGAAGGGUCGCAGUCAGAACCUGCUUCACACCCGGUUAGCAAUGUGGCUGAAGUGCCCCCUCCGAUAGAGAGGACGGGUGGAAUUGGAGAUUCAAGACCCCCUUCCUUCCAUGCAAACGUGACUGGGAGUCGGGAAAAUUUGGACAAUGAGACGGAGACGGAGUCUGUGGUCCUGUCGCGGAGAGAGAAACCUCGGCGCAGAGAGAGUAUGGAACAUGGUCCCAGAGUUAACGGACACCCCAAGAUGGAGCGCCAUCUUGCAGGCUACGAGAGUUCGUCCACACUCCUGAGCAGUGAGCUGGAAACAACCAGUUUCUGUGAUUCGGAUGAGGACGAUGCAGCCAGCAGGUUCAGCAGCUCCACUGAACAAAGCAACACUUCCCGGAUCCUGAAACGUCACCGGCGCAGACGGAAGCAGCGGCCCCCACGCCUCGAACGUGCGUCCUCGUUCAGCAGCGUCACUGAUUCAACAAUGUCCCUGAACAUCAUCACAGUCACACUAAACAUGGAGAAGUACAACUUCUUGGGCAUCAGUAUUGUCGGUCAGAGCAACGAGCGAGGGGACGGAGGGAUUUAUAUCGGCUCGAUAAUGAAAGGAGGAGCAGUGGCAGCGGAUGGUAGGAUCGAACCAGGGGACAUGCUGUUGCAGGUAAACGACAUCAACUUCGAAAACAUGAGCAAUGAUGACGCUGUGCGGGUUCUGAGGGAGAUUGUGCACAAGCCUGGGCCAAUCAUUUUAACAGUUGCCAAGUGCUGGGACCCAUCGCCUCAGGGUUAUUUUACAUUGCCCAGAAAUGAGCCAAUCAGACCAAUUGAUCCCGCUGCUUGGGUUUCCCAUUCUGUUGCCUUGACAGGAGCAUAUCCAGCUUACGGUGCCAGUUCAUCCAUGAGCACAAUAACUUCAAGCAGCUCAAUCACUGAAACCGAGCGGUUUGAUGACUUUAAUCUGUCGAUCCACACGGAUAUGAUGUCGGUUGCCAAGGCCAUGGCUUCCCCGGAGUCUGGCCUUGAAGUUCGAGACAGGAUGUGGUUGAAAAUUACAAUCCCCAAUGCAUUUUUAGGCUCCGAUGUCGUGGAUUGGCUUUACCACCACAUCGAGGGCUUCCAGGAUCGCAGGGAAGCCAGGAAGUACGCCAGUAACCUGCUGAAGGCUGGCUUCAUCCGCCACACCGUGAACAAAAUUACCUUCUCUGAGCAGUGCUACUACAUCUUCGGGGACUUCAGUGGCUGCGAGAAUUACUUGGCCAACCUCUCGCUGAAUGACAACGAUGGCUCGAGCGGUGCAUCGGACCAGGACACGCUGGCACCCCUCCCACACCCAGGGAGCACCCCCUGGCCAAUAAUGCAUUCCUUCCAGUACCCCUACCCACCGCCGCACCCCUACUCCACGCAGCCACCCAGCUACCACGAGCUGACCACCUACAGCUACGGAGGAGGUGGGAGUGCUGGCAGCCAGCACAGUGAAGGGAGCCGGAGCAGCGGGUCGAACCGCAGCGAGAGCGAGAGGCGGGCCGCCAAGGACAAGGACGGCAAGACGGUGGAUUCCAAGUCGGGGAGUGGCAGCGAGUCUGAGUACUCCACACGGAGCAGUGUGCGGCGGGAGCACGCGGCCAGCGAGCGGUCGGCGGCCGGCAGCGAGCAGAGCCACCGCAGCCACCACCACUCGGUGAUGGGCAGCGUGCGCUCCCACCACUCUGUCCACGCCUACGGACCGCCCGGCGUCCCCCUGCAGUACAACCCCCUGAUGGUGAUGAUGGUGCCACAGCCCCCGUCCACGGCCGUGCCCCCGGGGGCUCCCCCCGUCCGAGACCUGGGCUCCGUUCCACCCGAGCUCACCGCCAGCCGCCAGUCCUUCCACAUGGCCAUGGGAAACCCCAGCGAGUUCUUCGUGGAUGUCAUGUGACACGGAGGGCGGCGCCGGAAUCCGCGCUCCUCCCCACGGAACGCCGGGAAACUCAAGUGGAAGACCAGACACCGACGUUCCACACCAGUCCUGAACUCCAGCUUGAAAAUUCCCAGCUGAAAAGAUCAGCGCUGGAGCAGAGACCCAGACAAGUAUUUUAACAUAAACUGUGUUUUAGUAUAAUUUAAUUGAAGUACAAUUAACGAGUGCAAUUCUAGCCUUUUUUAUCUGUUUUAUAUAUUAUAAACCAAGACCGAGUAUUAUCCUCCACUGUGAUCACAGGACCUGUCUGUAGAGUUUGUGCCACAAACUCCACUCUCACCUGCAAAACAACCUUAAAACCAGACUGCACAGCAACUGCCCGAUCAACUCCCCACAACGAGUUUCACAUCACUGCCUGCUGCAGCAUUCCUGAGGGGCAGAGAUGCUUUGCUAGUCUCCAGUGCCUUGCAGGGUAACUUAGAGGAAAGUGAAAGGUCUGGCAUUUUUUUUAAAUAACUUUUUUUUAGAAUACAAGUAACUCAAUUAUGUUGUUGGAAUGUUUUUUUGGAAGAAAGCAAUAAUCAUUAGUGCAAGUUUGCAUUGAUUUUGUUUCUUAAAAAAAAAUAAAAGGAAACUUAGUCUUACAUCUUUAUAGCAAACUUGAGCUUGUCUGUCUGACGUGUUCCCCCUGUUCUUUCCGACCACAAUCUGAAUGUGGUUCCACGUAUGGAAUGCAUUAGCCCCGGUCUGGCUCGAUCCUCAAUCCUGCAACAGCAAGCCAGCUCGGCCUCGGAAGUGGAGAACCAUCCCAAGGUGCUUCCCGGGAGUGUAAAUCAAACAAAGCUUGAGGCUCAGCUACGGGAAGUCAGAAGCUUGGCUGCAGAUACAAGUUAAAAGGCGGCGCCUGAAAGGAGCAGGGAGUUUAGGAAUGGAAUCCCAGAGUGUGGGGCCUAGGCAGUUGAAGACC